AUGCCCUCCAACGAAGCCACACUCGCCAGAGAAUACGGAUUCAACGCCAACCAAGGCGUCAACUGGUCCGACUAUCUCACAUUCCGACCAGUUUACCCACCCUCCUUCUUCGAAAGGGUCUUUACCUACCACUCACAAAAACCUCAUUCCACCUGGUCCCUCGCCCAAGAUAUCGGCGCCGGCUGUGGAAUCGUCGCAUCAAGCCUAGCCCCUCGCUUUGACAAAGUAAUUGUCUCAGACCCAAACGAUGGGUACACUGCGCUCGCUCGCAGACUCCUCGUCGAGGAAUCCCGUUUUCCCGAGCCCAGUUUCCGGUUUCUGAAGGAAAGUGCCGAAAGGAGCUCUGUGGAUUCUGGCUCGGUCGACUUGAUCAUGGCGUGCGAGUGUAUUCACUGGACGCGGCCGGAGUUUGCGAUUCGGGAGUUUGCGAGGGAGUUGUGUCCGCGUGGGACGCUUGUUAUUACGCAUUAUAAUUAUCCGCGCAUUGUUGGAAAUGAGAGGGCUCAGCAGGCUUGGGGGGCUGUUUGUUCGUUUUAUGCGGGAGAGGUCGAUGAUCCGAUGCUUGAUCAUGCGUUGAGGAUUUUGAAUUCUGGGACUGAGGCUCUAGGGUUCCCCGUGGAGGAUUGGGAGAGGGUGAAGAGGCUGUAUGUUAAUGCUCGGGGGAGUAUUGAUGCUUUUAGAAUUAAUGAUCGAGUUGGUGAGAGCCAGGUCAAGGAUGGCGAAGAGAUUGUUUGGGAAGAGGAGGAUACGGACUGGAUGGAUGAGCAGGACUGUGACUGGUUUAAGGGUUAUGCAUCUACCUGGACAACACCCCGUGUAUCAGAGUCGGACAUUAAUCCAUUGUGGGAUGAGAUGGAAAGGGCUUUUGAGGGGAAGAAAGUGAAGACAGCUACACCGCUUGCUAUGGUCUUUGCUACGAAGAGACAUAACUGA